AUGAGGCUAGGAAAGAAGCUUCAUCCUGCUAAGAAGAGGUUAAUAGCGACCUUUAAACGCAUCCUUGCAACCUUCCAUUCCCCCAUACCCUCCAGAAGAUCCAAAACAUCAUAUGUGUAUGCUACUAGCAAGAAUAAAUCCGCCAUACGCAUCGAUGACCUCUUUUCCGAGUGUGUGCACGCCGCAGACAAGGCUAAUGGAUUAGAGGAAACAAGCAGAGGCAAAGAGUUGGUUGGCAUGAUGGAUAGCGGCGACAUAGAUACUAUUGAAGAUGCAUGGAAGAUUGUUGUUGGUAAGACACCUCAGCUUCAGGUGGAUGAGAAGGCAGAGGAGUUUAUCAAGAAGUUUUAUGAAGAUGUGAGGCUUCAGAAAGAGAGGUCCCUAAUGGAAUAUCAGGAAAUGCUAGCAAGAAGUGCCUGAAAGGUUCAUAGUGAUUAACAUUAACAAUUAACAUAGUGUGGUUGUUUAGGAUUGUUUUUCUUGUUAUUUAUUGAAUUGCAUGAAUAUAUAUAAA